AUGCCCUCAACGACCCUCGGCGGCCUGCUGGACAGCGCACGCCGGAUCGUGCCCCCGGUACUGCUGCCAGCGUCCGGCAGCCGCCUGCCCACUUCCCUUCGCAGCAACGACGCAGCAAAGCACCGCGCCACCCUCGGCAGGCCUUCGCUCUUUGACGCACCGCACCAUGCCGCCCGGCCCCGCACCCGCUCCGCCGCCUCGAUCAGCCUCACGCUGCCAUCGCGCUCCACCGUGCUCUUCGUGCUCGGCUGCCUUGCAUGGUAUACAUCAUCGGCGCUCUCGUCCAACCUGGCAAAGGCGCUCCUCUCGCUCUCGCCUCGUCAAAAGGCGCUUCCCGACUCGCAACGGCCCAUGGCGCCGCCCUUUCCAUACCCGGUCACGCUCACCAUGAUCCAGUUCAUCUUUGUACACCUCUUCGCCGGCCUCUGCGGCUCGAGGCGCCUCCUCGGCGGCUUUGCCAUGACGACAAUUGUCAAGCCCAGCUGGGCGAGGGUGAUGGAGGUCGGCCGCCUCAGUGUCUUUGGCGUCGUCGGUCACAUAUUCAGCUCGCUCGCCAUCAGCAGGGUGCCCGUAGCAACGGUCCACACGAUCAAGGCCCUCUCCCCGCUCUUCACGGUGCUUUCCUACACCUACCUCUUUGGCGUCAGCUACUCGUCCCGGACCUACUUCUCCCUCGCGCCGCUCACCUUCGGCGUCAUGUUGGCCUGCUCCGGCUUCUCGUUCAGCGCCGACGACAUCGUCGGCUUCACUGCCGCCCUCGGCUCCACCUUUGUCUUUGUCGCGCAGAACAUCUACAGCAAGAAGCUGCUGCGCAAGGGCGAAAAGGCCAAGCAGGAGCGUGAGCUCGGCCUCCGCUCCGACGACGCCAAGAUGGACAAGCUCAACGUGCUCUUCUAUGCCAGUGGCUGCUCUGCGGUGCUGAUGCUGCCGGUGGUGCUGUAUUACGACUCGCACGCUCUCUUUGCAGCAUCGACGCCGGACCCGGCCGCGGCCUCGACGUUCAAGACGCUCUCGCUCAUCUUUGGCAACGGCAUCGUCUACUCGCUGCAGAGCAUCCUCGCCUUUUCGAUCCUCUCGCUCGUCUCGCCAGUGACGUACUCGAUCGCUUCGCUGCUCAAGCGCAUCUUUGUCAUCAUCCUCGCGCUGGUGUGGUUCCACCAGCAGGUGCGCUUCCUCCAGCUCGUCGGCAUCGUCCUCACCUUUGCCGGGCUCUGGCUCUACACCGACGCCAAGACGCGCGACGAGGUCGACAAGGCAGAGGGCAAGAUGCGGAGGCGCGAGGGCGAGGAGCUCGAAGGCGUUCUGCCGACACGGCAGGUCCGUUCGACAGCCUUUUCGACGACGGCGCCGACGGCGGCGGCGACGGCAAUGCCCAUGACGCAGCAGCAGAGGCAGCGGCAGCAUCAGCAGGACCUCUACGACCGGAUCGCGCAGGCGGGGCCCUACCAGCCGCCCAGGAUGGUAAGGAGCUACGUCCACGAUCCCAGGAACAGCUUCCCGAGCCCGCCGUAUAGCGACAAGGAAUGA